ACAAAAAAGACAACCGCAAAACCAAAAGAAGCAGUUGAUUAAAUAAGUGAAUCAUGAAUGGAACAGAAGGUAUCAAUUUUUAUGUGCCUCUUUCCAACAAGACAGGGCUGGUGCGGAGCCCCUUUGAAUACCCCCAGUAUUACCUAGCGGAGCCCUGGAAGUACAAAAUGGUGUGCUGCUACAUCUUCUUCCUCAUCUCCACUGGGCUGCCCAUCAACCUCCUCACCCUCCUUGUGACCUUCAAACAUAAGAAGCUACGACAGCCGCUCAACUAUAUCCUGGUUAACCUGGCGGUAGCAGACCUCUUCAUGGCCUGCUUUGGCUUCACGGUCACCUUCUACACAGCCUGGAAUGGCUACUUCAUAUUUGGUCCCAUCGGCUGUGCCAUUGAGGGCUUCUUUGCAACACUGGGAGGUCAGGUUGCUCUCUGGUCUCUGGUUGUUCUAGCCAUAGAGCGCUAUAUUGUGGUCUGUAAACCAAUGGGAAACUUCCGCUUCUCUUCCUCCCAUGCCUUGAUGGGCAUUGCUUUUACUUGGGUUAUGUCCCUAUCCUGUGCAUGUCCACCCCUUUUUGGUUGGUCCAGAUAUAUACCUGAGGGGAUGCAGUGUUCCUGUGGCCCAGACUACUACACCCUCAACCCCGAUUACCACAAUGAGUCCUACGUUGUCUAUAUGUUUGUCAUCCACUUCGUUAUCCCCGUGGUGGUCAUCUUCUUUUCCUAUGGGCGGCUCAUAUGCAAAGUCCGAGAGGCAGCUGCUCAGCAGCAAGAGUCUGCAAGCACCCAGAAGGCAGAGAAAGAAGUUACCCGCAUGGUGAUCUUGAUGGUGCUAGGGUUUAUGCUUGCCUGGACCCCCUAUGCCGUGGUGGCAUUCUGGAUCUUCACCAACAAAGGGGCAGAUUUUUCUGCUACGCUCAUGUCAGUGCCUGCCUUCUUCUCAAAGAGCUCUUCCCUCUACAAUCCCAUCAUCUAUGUCCUCAUGAACAAACAGUUCCGUAAUUGCAUGAUCACCACAAUCUGCUGCGGCAAGAACCCUUUUGGGGACGAUGAUGUCUCAUCAACUGUAUCCCAAAGCAAAACCGAGGUAUCCUCUGUCUCCUCCAGCCAAGUGUCACCUGCAUAGGCUAUGAACAGUUUGACCUUUGGUGACCUGCCACACUUUGGGACCAGGAAAUGGAAAUGGGCUCACUCAACUGAGCUCUGGUUUAUGAGUUCCUCUCAACCAAUUUUUCUUUUAUGCACAAAUGUUGUAUGCCACACACAUACAGGAGUGUACAGUCUAGCAUAACCCUUUUGAUGGUAUCUACUUGUAAUCUAUGUAAUUCCCUCUCUGCAAUAGUUGUGUGCAUCCUAUAACCAUUUGUGCAAGCAUUCCUCUGGGCAAAUACCUGCCAAUGACACCUGGGAUAGCUCAGUCGGUACAGCAUGAGAC